GGAAGUUUCCCAUUCUGCCCUCGUCGGAGGUGUCUCGGUCUCUGAUUUGACGCCUCCGUCGCUCGGAGAUGGGAUUCGUGUCCUUCGCUGGGAGAGUCUUCUUCGCCUCCGUCUUCCUCCUCGCGGCCUACCAGGAGUUUAGUGAAUUUGGAGUUGAUGGUGGACCAGCAGCAAAGUCUCUCUGGCCAAAGUACAACCUAUUCAUGAAACAUGUCUCUUCACAUCUUGGCAUUGUGGUGCCACAUGUUGAAAUGAAACAUGUUAUUGCAAGCACCAUAUUUCUGAAAGGUUUUGGUGGCCUCUUGUUCAUCUUCAGCAGCUCUUUUGGAGCAUAUCUACUGCUUCUGUACCUAGCUUUCAUCACACCAGUUGUGUACGACUUCUCCAAUUAUGAUAUAGAGAAGCUAGAAUUUGUGCAGCUUUUCAGCAAAUUCACUCAGGUUCACUCCUUUUAUCACGUGUUCUGGCUAUGUCAGUCCAAUAUUCUGGAAAAAAAUCUGUUGAACCAGACAAAAAUUAACCGUUCUUGUAACAGAAUCUGGCACUUUUUGGCGCACUACUCUUCUUUAUCGGCCUGAAGAAUUCAAUCCCAAGAUGGCAGCCUAAAAAGGUUCCCAAGUCAAAAAACAAAUUAAACUGAGAUGCUUGGUAGUGCAUACUGUGCAAGUUGGUGAAUCAGGUAAUGUUAACGAUUCACACUCAAGGAUUCUGCAGCAUGUUCACCAUUCAUUGUCAAGAAGCAGAUUUUUUGAGGAAGCAUACAACCCUCACGAGAUGUGAAUUGCGGAUUAGGAUUGUGUUUCUAGUGUAUCACUUUUGUCAUUUUUCUUGGUUUAGAAGUCUGGACUGGAGUUGUCUGCUAGUUGAUAUUUACAAAUUCAUACAUUUAUGUACUUUUCGUGUCACUUAGCUGGCUGGAUGUUUUGCAAAUUUGAAUCGUUGUUAUGCAGCAAGCAUUGGCUGGCGGGUUAUCUCAA